UGCGGUAGGCGCUAGGGGAAGAUGCUAAAACCGAAGGAACUCACCAAGGUUUUGGAGCAGGCCAACACUGGAGGUUUCCAGUGCACGCUGUAAGAGGAAGACUACAUAUACCAAGGCCAUUGACUUGUCCAAAUCUCUACCAGGCAUUAGAGAGUGGGCGUGUUUAUUUCCCCCCAUUUUUCUCCCGUUCCCCAAGGUUGUUGAACCCUGAGGGGUCACUGAUGGCGUUCGCAGGCAAGUGUGACAAGAAAGAGAACAUUACAGCAGCUGUAGCUGCCAAUAUAUGGAUGUCCAAUGCCAAGAGUGCCAAGUCAGCGUUUCAGGACGAAGGUCUACAAUAUAUUGUCAUGGACUGUGAGGAUGGAAAGGUUGCCAUAAGGAGAGUGGCCAACCUCUUGCUGUGUGUGUACACGGCCGAGAGCGUGGGUCUAGGGAUGCUCAGAGCAAAGGUUGAAGCACUGGCCAGGUACUUAGAGGAACCCUUGAAACAGAUUGCAUCUCCAUAGAAACGUGUGUUUUUGUUGUUGAUUUCCUUUCACAUGUAUAUACGUAUUACACAAUGUAUGCCAUUAUGUAAGUUGCUUAAAAACAGUGAAAAUGUGGCAUAUAGAAGGUAUUCCACCCAUAUCCCAUUUUAGCAACAG